GUGUGCCGGCUUAAUUUUGUUUUCUGUUGUUUUUUGGAAGCGAGAGCCUUCAAUAAUGGGUCUUCUGUCCGAUCCAUCGCUGUCCACGCAUAAUAAGCUGGUAGACAAUCUAGCCAAGCAUGUUCGCAAGGUCUGUUAUGCAUUGUAUAUAGCGGGCGUGGUUUGGUUUCUUUGUCUGGCUCUGCCAGAAUUCAACCAUGGAACUUAUCUAUCAGAGAAUGCACUAUCCCCAGGUCUGGUUUAUCCCGAGAUACGCAUAGAUGCUAAUCGCUUGGCUGCUCAGCUGCUGGACGAAUUGCAGCGUGAACGCAAGGAUCAUCAGUCCACGACGCCGCAUGCAUGGAUUGCGGCCAAGUUUAAUGAGUUUGGCCUGGAGACGCACACACACAACUAUACGUUGCGCUAUCCAUUUGGCGGUGGUAAAGAGUUCCAGGGCAAAAACAUUUACGGUGUAUUGCGUGCACCACGAAUUGGAUCCACCGAGGGAAUUGUGUUCUCAGCUCCCUAUCGUGUUCCCAGCUCAGUGCAUGUGGAUAUUACUCCCAGUGUGCCGUUGCUUUUGGCAUUUGCUGACUUUGCCAGACGAAAAAAUUAUUGGGCCAAAGAUUUGAUAUUCCUGGUGACUGAGCAAGAGCAGCUGGGCAUGCAGGCUUGGUUGGAAGCAUAUCACGAUGGUGACAAAGAAUCCGACAACUCGAAUGCAUAUCUCCGGGCUGGUAAUCUUCCAGCACGCGCUGGCUCACUGCAAGCGGCCUUAAACAUCGAAGUGCAAGACUUGGAAGUUGAUUACAUUGAUGUCAAGAUUGAGGGGUUAAACGGCAAAUUGCCCAAUUUGGAUAUGUUCAAUUUGGUGCAGCGUAUUAUGGCACGCGAAGGCGUCACCUCGGGCUACAAACAGUCGCCUCGGAAGAAGCGUCGUUCCAAUCUCUCGAAUUUUGAACAAAAUCUACGUCAAAUGCUAUCCAUGCUCUCGACACAAUCAUCGGGCGUACCCAAUGGUAAUCAUGGACUAUUUCAUCGCUAUCGCAUCGAUGCACUGACCAUAACUGCUUCGAAACGUUUGACCAAUGCCAAUGUCAAGAGCAAUCCUAAUUCAGCGGCUGUACCACUGCUAAAGGCCAUCGAAGGCAUUGCUCGCAGUUUGAAUAAUUUGCUGGAGCGGUUUCAUCAAAGCUUCUUCUUUUACGUUAUUGUUAACAAUGAUCGCUAUAUUUCCAUCGGAGAUUAUAUGCCAGCUUUGAUUGCGCUUGUCGCCUGCACCUUUAUCAAGGCAUAUCUGACGUGGUCAACACUGGAUGCAAGUGUCUCAGCGUCUGGCAGCGACAAACCAAAAUCUGCCUCCGAAUCGGUGAAAUUGUCUUUGCCAUAUGGUUCGGUGUUAAUCUUCUUCACAGUGGCCCUUUUAAUUGGCUACUGCGGCAAUGUGUUGCCUCUGCAGGAAUACUUUUUGGAAUUACCUUUAACCGCAGCCCCACUAACUGCCUCCAUACUCGUCGGACUUACUCUGAUGGGACUACUACUGCCUUUUGUUGUGAUUCUACCUCCUGGCGGCCUUGAGCUACUCCACAUUGGUAUGCUGCUCAUCUAUGGCUGUGCUCUGAUCGUCAUUGGACUACUUAACUUUUCACUCGGCUUUUUUGUGGCUGUCAUAUCGGUGCCCUUAAUGAUUGCCUUGAAUACAAGCACUAGAAACAACUCGAUGCGCAAUCUGACGCGUGCUUGGACGCUGCUAUUGAAUCCAUUGGUUGUCAUCUAUGGUAUUGUGCUGAUCAUGAGUUUCUAUCAGUUUCCUGAGUUGACGCUGCAACAAUUGCUGCUGCGGGCUGCAACCGCUUCCAUGGAUGCUGCCACAUUUGCUCUAAUUGAUUCAGUGAUUUAUGGCAAUUGGCUUUAUUUUGUCAUUUGCACCAUAUUCCUGCCCCUGUGGAUAAUAUGCUGGACAUUGGCGCUGGCCAAGCGUAGGGACACUGAGGUUCCUCAGAAUAAGCUGAAAACAAAUUGAUCUGUCAUUGUAAAAUUUCCAUUUAUGUUUUAUCUGGUAAUUUAAUAAAUGUAAUACGUAUGUUUAUGUUUAA